AUUUGGGUCGUGGUAGAAACCGUGGACUAAGAAGUGAACAUAGCUGAGGGCCAUAUUCGAGAAGUCUCUAGCGGCUGUUGGGUUUUUAGAGGUGAUCGUAAAUUUUACUACUAAAGGAUGAUGUUCAAAACGAAGCGGGGUUUCACAUUGCUCUUUGUGUUUCUCGGGGUGAUGAACGAAGCAUGUUAUUCAGUUUCAGAACGGGAAAACCAUUCCAACGGAAAUAUUCCUCAGGAGAAACGAGAAGCCGUACUUUAUCGUGGACAACUGUGGUCAGCCACUUAUGAUAACAACCGGGAGGUCACGAAUGUCUUUAUUCCUUACACAGUUAAAUUAAGAGGCUGGUUCUCAGGACUUGAUCAUGACGAUGAGGAAACUAUCAAAGAAGCAGCGAGUGUUAUCGCUAAGCACACUUGUAUCAGAUUCGUGGAGCGCAAAGAUGAAAAGGACUUCAUCGAAUUCUACGAAGACAGCGACAAUGUCUGUGAGUCGUACAUGGGCAAAAAAGGCGGGAAACAGCUGUUGUCGCUCGGAAGCGGCUGCAAGAACAGAGGUCACGUGACUCAUGAGCUAAUGCACGCCUUGGGAUUUUUCCACGAGCAUACCAGACCGGAUCGUAACAAGUUUGUCAAGAUAUUGUGGGAUAACAUCAAGAGAGACCACUUCAACCAGUUUGAAAUCCGCAGGCGAGGAGUCACAACUCUGGGCCAACCAUACGACUUUCAAUCCAUUAUGCAUUACUCCAACAAGGAGUUCAGUAAAAACGACAAGGACACCAUCCAGGCCCUAUCAGAUCCAAACAUGCCACUUGGUAACAUCAACUCCUUAUCUGCCGUGGAUGUCCUGCAAAUUAACCUGCUCUAUAACUGUCCCGAGGCACUCAGACAAGUUGACAACUACGAAAUAACCGUGUGCACAGGAGAGAAAUAUUUUGCGGGAACAGAUGGACAAGUGUUUGUAGAGCUGUUUGGGCGGAACUCUGUUGGCCAACUGCAAAAUUCAGGCGAGGUAGAAUUAGCGGGAAAAAAGAGCGCCUUUGAGAUGAGAAGUGUCGAUAGAUUUAACGUUAUUUCACCAAACCUCGGAAAACUGGUCAGACUGGCGGUCAGACUCAAAGAUGGAGGAUACGGAGGAGCAUGGUAUCUAGACAAGGUGAUUAUUUGGAAUCCGAGAGAUUCAAGUUCAAAACAGAAAGAGGCGAGUGGAUGUUUCUUUUCCAUGUUCCUGCUGGUUUAGAGGAAGUUCUGACACCAAGACAUUGGAACCUUCUUACUAGUUGAUAAACUUCAAUUUGUUUUGUCAUAACUUAUGUCGUGCAACUAUGGUUUGAACCCAAAAGUAACAGAUGACCGUGUGGUGUCGUCUGAUCGUCUGGGUGAUCUAAGUCCUAGGCGGAAGUCGUCAACAGAGUCAUGUCACUCUGAUUAUCGUUUCCGCUCAGGUUGUCAAAAGGUCAGUCGUUGUUACCGACAACUUCCUUUCCAGGACUUCUCUUACCCGAACGAUCAGACCACAUGACCAACUGUCAUUUACUUACUACAAGUGGACUAAUUGUUUUAUCAGUAAAAUUAGUUAAUUUUCAUAUUCACCACAGUUGACAUAGUAUUAUAGUUAUGGCCACGAGAAAAGGAGCUCUAUUUCCAACUUUAAAGGCGCUUUCCUUACUUCAGUGACAGCUGACUAAUAUUGCCAGUUGAAUGUAGAUUCGGCUCUCUUUUGAAGCUGUGUCCACUAUGACAUGUAUAACGUACUUUGUUUUA